UCCACCGUAACAAGCUAAUAAAAAACGCCUUAGACUAUAAAAUUCUAUGAUCUCAAGGACAAGUCUUUGAAACGUCAAAUUUUCUUUAUUCUAGGUUAUCCGAUGUUCUAUGUUAUGCAACAAGAUUUUUCAAAAUUAUCAGCAAUAUUAACAAAUUAAAUUAGUGUCUUCAAUCUACGCAGACUACAACCGAACACAACUCUACAAAGUUAAAAAAUUGAGGCGUGAUCAAAAUGAGUCCAUGGAAGCACAUAACUGAACUCAAAUGGAGUGUAUUGCCUCUCACAGGAGCGGCUAUUGGGUGGUAUCUUGAAUAUCAGGAAACAUUAAGAUUAUCCUUAUUCAGAGAUAAAAGUAUGCUUUAUGGAAGGAUUUUGAAAGAAGGAGAAAAGCCGUCUUGGCCAUAAGUUAUAUGAAAAAUUGUUCAAUGUGUAGUACGUAUUAUGAAGUAAUAAAAAAUUCCAUGUGAA